UUUUCCGAAGACCACUCCGCCGCCGAGAUGGAAACGUUGAAAUUUUAAUUUCCACCUGAAGAUCCGAAACUUGUAAGUGGAUAAUCCUAAAAUUAACAUGUAUUUAUUGAGCUAACCGCGAGUGAAGAUAGUUGUCGAAAUUCGAAAAGAAUACUGAAUAACGAAGAAGUUUAAUUGUGAAAAAUCAAGUAGUUCAUUUUCCUGCGUAUUGAUCUUAUCCCAAUUUCCGAAUCCAUCUCGGCGGUUUUCUUCAGCGAUGUCGAAAUUCGGUAACAUCCAUUUACCCCCUUUGGGAAACGCGAUGAACGUGGCGUGGCAAACCCUUCGGCAGCAAAUGCCGGAUAAGAAAGGGACGCCCAGCAGCACCCCCGGUGAACGGGUGCACUUUGCGCAAUUGAACAAUGAAAUACCUAAUCAAGGAUCAAUUGAACACCAUGAACUAAGCAAUAUGACCAGUACAAAUCCAUUCCGACAAGCGGCUUCUGCAGAAAUUGCGCAAGCAGAGGAUUCUUUCAAUUACCCCAUUAACAGGCAGGUUUCUCACGUAUCAUCCAUAUCCGAUGAUGAUUUUGUUGAGGGAAAGAGUGACAUUAAAAUCAAUGAAUAUCAGGCCGCAUGGAACGUGACUAACGCUAUUCAGGGAAUGUUUAUCGUUUCGUUACCUUUCGCCGUACUUCGCGGAGGAUAUUGGGCGGUAGCUGCUAUGAUAGGAAUUGCGUAUAUCUGUUGUUACACCGGAAAAAUAUUGGUUGAAUGCUUAUAUGAGUUUGAUGUACAAACUGGACAACAGGUCAGGGUUCGCGAUUCUUAUGUCGGCAUUGCUAAAGAAUGUUUCGGUAAGAAAUACGGAGCGAAGAUAGUCAACAUUGCUCAAAUAAUUGAACUUCUGAUGACAUGCAUACUGUACGUCGUUGUCUGCGGAGAUUUAAUGAUUGGAACAUUUCCGGACGGUGCCAUUGAUACUAGAAGUUGGAUGAUGCUUGUGGGAAUAUUUUUAAUUCCUUUAGCUUUCCUGAAGUCCCUGAAAAGUGUUAGCUUGUUGUCCUUCUGGUGCACGAUGUCACACAUUUUCAUCAACGCCAUUAUUCUCGGCUAUUGCUUAUUGGAGAUCGGAGAUUGGGGAUGGAGCAAAGUCAAGUGGACCAUCGACUUUGAAAACUUUCCUAUAAGUUUAGGAGUAAUUGUCUUUUCAUACACGUCCCAGAUUUUCCUGCCGACUUUGGAAGGCAACAUGGAGGAUCCUUCCAAGUUUCAAUGGAUGCUUGAUUGGUCGCACGUUUGGGCGGCUAUUUUCAAAGCUCUCUUCGGAUACGUCUGCUUCUUAACAUUCCAGAAUGAUACGCAACAGGUGAUCACUAAUAAUUUACAUUCCGCUGGAUUCAAAGGAUUAGUGAAUUUGUGCUUGGUAAUUAAAGCCCUGCUAAGCUAUCCACUACCUUACUACGCUGCCUGCGAAUUAUUGGAGCGCGCAUUUUUUAAAGGUAAGCCGAAAACAAUUUUUCCCUCGAUCUGGGCUUUGGAUGGGGAACUCAAGGUAUGGGGAUUGGCUUGGCGAGUCACGGUAGUUAUAUUUACCAUAUUGAUGGCCUGCUUUAUUCCGCAUUUUUCGAUUUUGAUGGGAUUCAUCGGCAGUUUCACGGGAACAAUGCUUAGUUUCAUUUGGCCGUGUUACUUUCAUUUAAAAUUGAAAGGACAGACCUUAGAUAGAAAACAAGCUGCUUUCGAUUAUUUUAUUAUAUUUUUAGGCGUUCUGUUUGCCAUCAUUGGUAUGUAUGACGCAGGUAUCGCUCUCAUUAAAGCCUUCUCCAUUGGUUUACCGUUUUAAAAUUCAAUUUUUGAUGUGCGUUUAUCAUUUUAUUUCGUAAUAUAUACAUUGGGAAAUGGUUAUAUGAUUAUAAAAUAUAAUUUUAAUUAAUAUAAGGCAACGAAGUCUUCCAGUAACUACUUAAAUGCCUUCAAAGUCUUCCAAAUUAAGGAUUUUAGUCAUUUGCUAAAAUACAAAAUGAG